UUCGGAGAGUCAGAGCAAACGCAUGAGUGGAUUUGACCAGGGACCAUCAGGAGCCAUUCCUAUACUUGCUCCCACUGCAACCCCAGUUCAGCUACCUGAACUUCCUGCUGCUAAUCCUGGGAUGUUUCCGAACAUGCUCCCAAACUUGGUCAAUGUACCUGCCCUAGGACAGCCACUAGCCAUGACACAACAGGCCACUCGUCAUGCUCGGCGUGUCUAUGUCGGUGGACUUCCUCCAAUCGCUAAUGAACAGACGGUUUCUGUAUUCUUCAAUCAAGUUAUGGCUGCUAUCGGAGGAAACACAUUUGGUCUAGGCCAUGCAGUUGUUAAUGUAUACAUAAACCAUGACAAGAAAUUUGCUUUUGUUGAGAUGAGGUCUGUGGAGGAAGCAAGCAAUGCAAUGGCCUUGGAUGGUAUAAUGUUCGAGGGAGUAGCAGUGAAAGUUAGGAGGCCAACAGACUACAAUCCUUCCCAGGCAGCUGCAUUGGGUCCGAGCCAGCCGAACCCCAACCUCAAUCUCACUGCUGUUGGCUUGACACCUGGAGCAGGUGGAGGUAUAGAAGGCCCUGACCGCAUUUUUGUGGGUGGUCUACCCUACUACUUCACAGAGGCUCAAGUGCGGGAGUUGCUUGAAACUUUUGGACCUCUUCGUGGAUUUGACAUUGUGAAGGAUAAGGAAACUGGCAACUCGAAGGGAUAUGCCUUCUGUUUGUACCAGGAUGUGACUGUCACCGACAUUGCCUGUGCUGCUCUGAACGGUAUCCAGUUGGGUGACAGGACUCUCACAGUCCGGCGAGCAAACCAAGGAGCAGAACCUAGGCCAGAGCAAGACCACAUCCUCCUGCAGGCACAGCAAGAGGCGCAAAUGAAGAGACUCGUGUACGAAGUCGGCGGAGCCCUAGCGACAAAGGUGGUAUGCCUGACCCAGGUGGUUUCAGCAGACGACCUUAGAGACGACGAGGAAUACAAUGACAUACUGGAAGACAUGACGCUAGAAGCACGCAAAUAUGGUAACCUGGUGCAAGCCGUGAUCCCGCGACCCCAUCCCAGCGGUGAUCCUGUUGCCGGAGUUGGCAAGGUGUUUUUGGAGUAUGCCGAUAUGGAGAGCUCGGCCAAGGCGAGGAUUGGGAUGCAUGGGAGGAAGUUCGACGGGAAGGAGACGGUCACCGUGUUCUACCCCGAGAACAAGUUCGCUGAAGGAGACUACGACUAUUAGACGAUAUAUAUUCAGCAGCGUAGUUGGUGUUGCCUUUAUAUGUAGUUUAAGCUUGUCGAAAGACUGCCAGUGUGAUAUUCAGAUUUCGGAUACCUUUACUUGGCACUUUGUUAUUA